AUGAAACACUUUGCUUGUGUACUACUUCUCGCAGCGACGGUGGCUGCUGAAGCACCUCGAUACAGAGACGCAAGGUUCAGAUCACAAAGGCAAGAGGUGGAGGGUAGCGGAGCCGAAGCACCGUACCCUGCUGCCGGUUGGAGACCAGCCAAGGAAUUUAAUUUACCAACUCGACAACAGACACCACCUGCGACGUCAUAUGGAGUCCCGGCAGAUAGCUAUGGUGCACCAUUCAACACGUACGCUCCACCCCAAGAAUAUGGCCCACCAGAAGAGGCUAAAGAUGAAAAGUACGAAGACACUGAAAAGGUAGAAAAAAAAAGUUCAAAACUCGAGGAAGAGCCAAAUAAGGAUGCUGAAGUGAUCAGCAAUCAAGGAGCAUAUUACGUACUGUUGCCGGGCUCGCAGCUCCAGCGAGUUCAGUUCCAGACAGAAAAUGACAUCCGCAACAUGGCGUAUACGGCGAGACUUCAGUACAAGAAUGAAGACCGUGCCCCAAUUUUCGUGUACACUGUGCCGGAGUACCAAAACGCUGCAUAUGUGCAGUUAAUAUGAUUUCCCUUUAGCGAUACAGUUCCGUUACAAAUCGAUGCUACGUCGUUCUUUUGAUUGCAUUUCGAUGGCAAUAUCGGAUGGCACAAGGAUAAAAUUAACGGAAAAUUUAAAAUCUCAUGGGAU